AAAAACUAAGGCGUAGUCUUCCAAACCUGUCCAGGACAUCUAACAUCCAAGCUGAGUCUGUGAAAAACAGCAGAAGUGACUCAAACUUUCAAGUGCCAAAUGGAGGAAUACCUCGCAUUCAACCUCAAGCCUCAGCCAUACCACCUUCAAGUAAAUUCCGCUCACCUGCAGCACCGUCUCCCUUAGCUCUCCGACAACCAGUGAAAGCAUUUAGUAACCAUGGACCCGGUUCAGUUGCUUCUCCAGAAGCCACACAGCUGACACACAGUAGUUCUUCACCAGGGCCUCUUGCAGCCCAGAGUUCAGGCUUGCCAAGCCCUGCCAGCAGUAUUAACAGUACUACUCUUACCAGACCAGCAGGGACAGCAGGGAUGAGGAGUGGUUUGCCCAGACCCAGUGCCCCUUCUACAGGGGGCAUCCCAGUGCCUCGUAGCAAACUUGCACAGCCUGUUCGCAGAUCAUUACCCACUCCCAAAACCUAUGGCAACGUGAAAGAUGAGAGUUGGAAAGACGGCUGCUACUGAACUGCAAAGCUUAAUGCAAAGUUCCAGUGCUCGUGGAUGCUUCCUCACCAGGCUAAAAGACAGCUUGAUUAUACAAACUAUUCAGAUGUGACUUUUGGGAUUUGUAAAAAUUCCAGACCUCUCUGUCUCUAAUUAGCACAAACUGGCAGAGAUUAUAAAGCAGCACUUUAAUGACAUCUAACAUCAGAUGUUUGGUGAUCAUACAAUCACUUCUACAUUAAAUUGCUAUCAGUUCUGGGUUUUUUUCUUGCUUGCUAAAAAUGUGUCAAUAUGAGCAUUUAUGACAGUGGCCAAUGUCUGGGCAAAAACCUAAUGAAUGCCAAAGAAAUGCCCAUCUUGAAAAACAGCAAGUAUAACAGUCAACUUACACUGUCCAAAACUUCAUUUUCAGCCUGUUUUAAUUCAGCAGAAAGAUUGGUGAGUAUGUACUGUUGAAACAAGACUACGUUAAUCAGAGCUAAUAUUCUGAUUGCAGACUGCUACAGUGCUAGUGAAACAUUGCUUUUAACAAUUGUGUGAGAUUCUCAUUGGGGAAAGUGGUACAUACAUCCUUCAGAAAGAAUCAGAAGUUACUCUGGAGGAUUAGGCAGAAC